AUGCCUGAAGUGAAAGCACAAAGAUCUAGAGCCCAUUUAUGACCCUCACGCCUCCCCCACGAGCUCUCCUCUAUUGCUCCCAGCCUUGACGCUGCGCUAAUCUUUUGAGCUUUCCCAGUCAACCAGGUGCCGAUCUCGGGCCUCAGCACGCCAGGCUGGAGCAUUCUGGAAAGCAAGGACAGAGCGGGAAGCAGACAAAUCGACUGCCGUCCGAGCCGCAGUCGAACAAGCUCCUCUGUUCAUUUUGGAGGUGCUGUCAACUUCCACGGUGUCACCCGUAGUGACUCCGAGCCGAGUUCUACAUGUUCGUUUUCAGCCUCUCAUCCGCGUCCUACUAGUACGGCUAGUUGCUGUCGUCGUUACAUCCCAGAACUAGCAAUCGCGCUUCAAGCUAGUAGAAUCCCUCGUAAGUCUCAGUGGCGGCUCGUAUCAUUCUUCCAUCGAUUGAUCAAGAACCUUUCUUGCUGCACACGACACAAAAUCCUCUCAAGACCUUCCUCCUCGACUACUACUUCUCUUCAGCUAUACAAAAUCCUGCACACGACACAAAAUGCUGUCGCGAGUGCAAUCUCCUCAGCUCGGCUGGACCCUCCGAAUCCGCGUCGGCCUCGCCACCAUACUCGCUAUACACUCCCUCGUUCGCAUCGCCGCCGGCACGAAUCUCCCCUCGGGCGGCUGCGACGCGUGCCGCCAGCUGCGCGGGCUGGAAGACGCGGGGGUGAGCGCGCGCAACCUGCACAAGCACGCGCUCGUCGGCAACUUCAAAGGCCUUUUUAUCAGCCAGCGCGGGAAAUUCAAGCCCCACGCCAAGGGAUCGGGAUCCGUCAAUCUCGAGGUUUUCCAAGAAGUUGGCAACCACGUCGCUGUCGUCAACGGCGAAGCUGGCGACACUCUCGAAAAGUGCUGCGACGCGUGCUCGCGAACAGCCGGCUGUUACCAAUUCCACUUUUUCCGCAGCAACCGGCUACGCGACAAUGUAAACGUCCGCGGCUUCAUGAGCGGCGUGCAGUGCUACCUGCUCGGAAAGGACGGCGGCGCGGGUCACUCUGGAGAGUACCGAACGCCUCUUAGCGGGGAUGUCAAGGAGCAGCGCUCCAUGUCGCCGUAUUUUCCGCUAAGCUGGCUGGGCGGCAUGUGCGGGGGGCGCGCACAAGCUUCUACCUCGGAAAACGCGGCGGAUAAUUCUACCGUGGCCGCUCCGCUUGCCACGUCAUCUCCGAGCCUCAUCCCCGGACGUCGACAGGAAGGUUCGGCGAAGAAACUACCACGUGUGGCUGGGCUGUCUGGGAUCAAGCGGAGGGCGGAGCGGCCGCCACCGUUGACCCCUCAAGGCCUGCUGAACGCGUCCUUCUGCCUCGUUUCUGACCGUCGAUUGCACAUCAACAUCGUGCUCCGCGAAUCUCCACCGCAGGCUGCAGCUGGCGAGUCUGCGGACGAUUCUGGUGACGUGGCGUUUGCUGGAGCCCCGUCCACCAACCCUACCUUGGCUCGGAUAUCGACAGCAGCUAUUGCCGAUGCUGCCGCUGCUGCCAGGAAAGAGGCUGAACGGAGAGCAACGGCUGCUGUUGCAGGCGCUGCUUCGGCCAUUGCUGGUGGUGAAGUGAGCUGGGAGGAAGACGGAGGAGAGGGGAAGAGGGAACGGGCGCAGGCGGCUAUAAGGGAGGUUGGGUUUGUGUGGGUGGCUGAUGGCCUGCAUUCCCUUCACAUGGCUGUAACACCCACGGUAACAGCUGAGUCUGGCCCAGCCGAAAGCAGCGGCGGCAGCAGCAAUGCUGGCACCGCAGACAGUCAAAGGACAGCUGAGAGUCUGUUGUCCCUUCUGGAGCUGGAUGGUGUGGCCUUGUCGUCCCCAAAAGAGGUGGGCGAUCGGGUGACAGGAGCAGGAGGGCUGGUACUUAGCAAAGUGGCGGAGGAGAGGGAGUGGCCUGUGAACAUGGUGAAGUUUAGAGUGGAGAUUGCGGGGUUGGUGGAGGUGGAAGUGAGGGCAAGCAUCGUGCAGGGUGAAGGGGACGCAGGUGAAGGCCAUUUGACUGUCAAGGUGAAUAGGGUCAAAUCUUCGCCCACUGUGAAUGGACUCCUUGCUCAGGCAAUCCGUGCAUCGUCCAAGCUGGCACUGCCAAUUAUCCCAUCAUACACAUCGGUGGCCGUUGGGGACCCUCAAUCAGAAGCCAAGACGACCCUGAGUGGACCUCUCUGGGACUACGUGUCUACAACAGCCGUUUCAGCCAACUGCAGAUUCUCAACAUUCGGAGUGGUUGCUUGAAGGCCCCUCAAAAAGAGGGCUGAGUAAUUGGCCGAAUGCAUUCCUUUAUUCUUUGGGGUAUAAAUGCUUAUGAUAUAACAAGCACUAAUUGCCUAAUAAACCUGAUUAUGUUCUCCAUGUAUUUGUGUAUGUAUGAAAGGUGAAACUGCCAUGCUGGUAUUUUGUUGUCGCAUAUAA